CUGAAACAGCGAACCCAACAACAAGAAAGAGAGGAAAAGCUUUUGGGUUUCAAAAAGUAAAUUAGAAAAAGAGCGCUGCCUUUCUUUAUGGCUUAACUAUAAAGAGACAAUUCUAGAUCCAAUGGCAAUGGCACCAGUAGUGAAACUGGUACUAGGCUCAAUAGCCUUUGCAAUUUUCUGGAUAUUAGCAGUCUUCCCAUCUGUCCCCUUCCUCCCAAUCGGUCGAACCGCCGGUUCACUCUUCGGCGCCAUGCUAAUGGUUAUCUUCCAAGUCAUCACUCCUGACCAAGCUUACUCCGCCAUCGACCUCCCUAUCCUCGGCCUCCUCUUCGGAACAAUGGUCGUUAGCAUCUACCUCGAGAGAGCAGACAUGUUCAAGUACUUAGGCACUUUGCUUUCUUGGAAAAGCAGAGGACCUAAAGACUUGCUCUGUCGCGUCUGUCUUGUCUCCGCGGUUUCGAGUGCGCUUUUUACUAAUGACACGUGUUGCGUUGUUUUGACUGAGUUUGUUUUGAAGAUCGCUAGGCAGAAGAAUCUCCCUCCUCAUCCCUUUUUGCUUGCGUUAGCUACGAGUGCUAAUAUUGGUUCUUCGGCUACUCCUAUUGGGAACCCGCAGAAUCUUGUUAUCGCGGUUCAGAGUAAGAUCUCGUUUUGGGAGUUUCUUCUUGGAGUGUUUCCUGCUAUGAUCGUUGGGAUUACUGUUAAUGCUAUGAUGCUUUUAGCUAUGUAUUGGCGGUUACUGUCUGAUCAUAAAGACGGCGAAGAAGAGGAAAAUGUUGUCUCUGAAGUUGUUGAGGAAGAGGAUGUGACAUCUCAUCGAUUCUCUCCAGCUACGUUACCGCAUCUCAGCUCUUUCAGAUCAGAUGAAAGUAAUACGAGGAUGGAUCCUGAGACGCUCAGGAACAGAGCUGCUUCCUCUGGUGAGAGCAAUCAUGCGGAUAGAGACCACCAAGCUGACGCUGAGUCAGAAGGAGAGAGCAAUCAUACAACCAACGACAAUGUGUUGUUGUUUCAAACCAAGAGAUGGAGAAGAGUUUUGUGGAAAUCAAGUGUUUAUUUGAUCACUCUAGGGAUGCUUGUAUCUCUGCUUAUGGGUUUGAACAUGUCUUGGACUGCAAUCACCGCGGCUUUAGCUCUCGUUGUUCUUGAUUUUAAAGACGCAAGGCCUUCUCUUGAGAAGGUGUCGUAUUCGCUUUUGAUCUUCUUCUGUGGGAUGUUUAUAACUGUGGAUGGGUUUAAUAAAACUGGUAUCCCUACGGCUCUGUGGGAUCUCAUGGAGCCGUAUGCGAAUAUUGGUGAAGCCAAAGGAACAGCGGUUCUAGCUGUUGUGAUUCUUGUCCUCUCCAAUGUGGCAUCCAAUGUACCAACAGUGCUAUUGUUGGGAGCAAGAGUAGCGGCAUCAGCAGCGGCAGGGGAGGAGGAGAAGAAGGCAUGGUUGUUGCUGGCGUGGGUGAGCACGGUGGCUGGAAACUUGACGUUGCUUGGUUCAGCAGCUAACUUGAUAGUGUGUGAGCAAGCUCGUAGAGCAGUGAGCCAUGGGUACACUCUUACUUUCACUAAACACAUCAAGUUUGGUUUACCUUCAACGCUUAUUGUUACUGCUAUUGGUCUCUUUCUUAUCAAGUAAAUCCAUAACUCACACUGUACAUGCUUUCUUUUUUUCUCUCUUGGUGAUGAAAACUUUAUUCAUCUCAAGAACCAAUCAUUAUGUUCCUUUCAUCCUCUGUACACACUUUUGUAAUUCAAUAUUUACAACUUAGAAAAGAAACAAGAAGUCAUAGCAACUAUUAUGUGAUUUGUG